CAAACAUCGCCAUUUUAACAGAGGAACAGAACCCUUUUAUUACAACAGAAUCUGCAUCUUACAAUUUUUUAGCUGAACAGUGGUGAAAAUGAAUGGCCUUUAUACUUUGCUCGCUGUAUGUGUUUUGUUCGUGCAUGGUGUGUUUGGUGAUGAGACAGUGUCAGUGAUGGAGGGAGAUUCUGUCACUCUGCUGACUGGUGUUAUAAAAACACAAGAUAAUAAGAUGGUGUGGUCUUUUAAUAACAUUCGCAUAGCUAAAAUCAGUGGAGAUCCCACUAAAGCCUGUACAGAUGUCCAGUGUAAUGAUGGUACUGAGGGUUUCAGAGGCCGACUGAAACUGAACCUUCAGACUGGAUCUCUCACCAUCACGAACAUGAAAAUCACAGACUCUGGACUUUAUAUAGUUGAGAUCAUCACUAUCAGUAGCAGCAGCGAAAAGAUCUUCAAAGUAACUGUCCUUGGUGUGCCUGGUGAAGAGACCGAUGGAGUGGAGAUAAAGUCAGUAAAGGAGGGAAAUUCUGUCACUCUGGAUUCUGGUGUUAAAAAAAUUCAAAAUGACUCGAUGGCAUGGUAUUUUAAUGACACUCGCAUAGCAGAAAUCAGUGGAGAUCCCAGUAAGCUCUGUGCAGAUGUGAUGUGUAAUAUCGAUGAGAGAUUCAGAGGCAGACUGCAGCUGGAUCAGACUGGAUCUCUCACCAUAACAAACACCAGAACUACAGACACUGGACAAUAUCAACUAAAGGCCAGCAGCAGACGUCGCCGCAGCAUCAGCAAACAUGACUCUAAGACAUUCCAUCUUAAUGUCAUUAAUGCGUGUACAUCUUCAGGUGUUGUAGCAGGAAUAUUUGUGUGUGUUCUGCUGAUGGUUGUUGCUGCAGUUGCUGGUGUGAUUUACUAUCGCCACAGGAAGUCUAAAAGAGAGUUUCAAAAAACAGAGCAGAGCGACACAUGAGAUGAUGAAUGAAGAUAAGUCAUCAGAAUUAUUGAAUCCAAGAGGCUUCUGACAGAAUCAGUCAGUGCAACAUUUAUUCUGAUUUUAAGUAAAUGAGCAAAAACAGAUGAGCAUCUUUUUCUAUUAGUCUCUAAAAUCAUCGAUGGAAAAAUACACUAAUAUCCUGCAUAACAUAAAUGUAAACAUUAAGUGCUGUGCAGUCCACAAUGGUUAAUGAUGUGGACAAAGUACACAACUCCAUUACUUGAGUGAAAGUACAGAUACUACUUUUCAAAUAUUACUGCAUUACUAGUGAAAGCUGUAAAGACAGAUUUUUACUUAAGUAAAAAUACAGAAGCACUUGGUUUUAAAAGUACUUAAGUAUCAAAAGUAAAUUUCCUUUUUUAUGUCAACGCAUUGUUUUAUUACUGUUGCAUUGUUGUAUGUAAUACUUACAAUACCUUAUGCCUCUGAAGCAAACUACUGAAUACACUGACUAGCUUGUAGUAUCUGUGGAAUAAAGAGCUUUCUGAAUGUUACAAAACCUAUAGAAAUGAAACAACUGAACUGACAAAAAAAAAAAAAAAAACAGCCGUAAUCCUCUUCAUUUUUUAGUUUAACACUCCUACCCACCCCCACAAAAGCAGCAUGGUAGUGUUCUCACACAGCUCUGGCAGAACAUGAUAACCGCUCUCUCUGGCUCAGCGGCAGCACCAACGCAGAUCUGAAUGUUCCGGUAUGAUUUCUGUCAAAGGUUUAAUAGACAGGCGAAUCGUUAUCAUUUUGGAGAGAGAUCGUGUGGGUGUUUGAAUCGAGAUCGCAAUCUUUUUAUGAUUUAAUCAUGCAGCUCUACACAUAACUAUAGUAAUUAUGCAAGGUAACAACAACAACAAUAACAACAACAAAAACUAUAAAAGUUACAAGAUAUUAACUUAUUUAACUCUUAAGCUCAUUUACAUUUGAAUUCAUGCUUUUGCAUGCUAACUAACGUCAUUGUCGAACCUUACCUAUGCGUUAGCGGUGUAUCCACAAGGCUACGGCAACUUGGCGGGCAAAUCCAUAAAAAAUAAUUUGACCGACCAUACUUAAUACUGAAACUUUAGCUCUAAAGCACAGAUCAUUUCAAGCUUUCACAAGAAAUUAUAGGUUUACACACCUCAGUAUGCUUCCGCAGGUUGGACGGUGAGUUUUAGGUAAACGAAGCAAACAUUUAAAAUGAAACGAAUCUUUAACAUUUUCAGAAAACUGUAACAUAAUUUCUAAGUAUGGCCAUGGGUGCACGCACUGCGCCGAGGAACCGCCGUCUUCCAUUUUGCCAACUGAUCAGUGUUCAAAAAAUGCUGGGAAAUCAUUGGACUUCACGACACGUGACCCUACAAGAGUGAUUAUUGAUAGGCUGUCUGUCACCUGCAAAAAACCAGUCACGUUUUAGAGAAGGAUUUUCAAAGCUGCUACAUAGUAACGACUUUCUACUCGAGGACCUUGAUAGAAAUGUAGUGGAGUGAAAAGUACGACAUUUGCCUUUCAAAUGUAGUGAAGUUAAAGUCACAAGUUUCCAGAAAAAAUAAUACUCAAGUAAAAUACAGAUACUCAAAAAGUGUACUUAAGUACAGUACUCAAGUAAAUGUAUUUAGUUACUUAUAAUUUAAUUUUAAGUACGCCAACCCACACUUGUUUCAUUUUAAACAUUUUAAAAUGGUAAAUGUAUAGAAAAAAAUACAAAAAAUUCAAAAGCAUUGGCUAAAAGUGUUUGUCACUGUAUGUCAAUACAAUGUCCCAUUUUGUGCUUUUGUGGGUCUGUUAGAGUUACAUUGAAAGUGUUAUACCCUCAGGUCAGCCGUGAUAUAUUUAUUUUUAUUAUAUGAAGAUGAUCAAUUAAACAAGAGAACCUGCUGAUUCAGAUGAAACCAGUUGUCAUUUAACAUUCACUGGUGUGAUUGCAAAUCAAUUUAUAUGGGGAAUAGAUGGGAAAUUCACUUUUUUAUUUAUCCUCCAGUAAAUUCUACAUAUUUUUACUCUACACUUACAACUACUGUCACCUUGGUAAGAUGGAGGUCAUGUAUGAUAGUUAUUUCACCCCUGUAGUUCAUGUCUAAUUGGUGAGACUGAUGAUGUUACAACACUCCUGGUCUCCCCUACUUGUUACUGAAAGCAUACUGAAUAAACUAUGUGACUCUUAUCUGUCAUUAUUUCCAGCUGCUUAUUAACCUGCUGUUUUACUGUCCAAACAUGUCAAAUAUUUUAUUAUUGUAAGGAAAAUGUAAUAUGCAUGUGUAAGUUUAUCCACAACCAAAGCACUCUCUGUGCUAAAUAAAAAUAUCAAUAAAAUAUAACAAAAACAAAUUUUAAUCACCUAAUUUUUAAAAGUACAAAUAUUCCAUGCGCUCUCUCAAUUAAUAUGAGAACUGGCAUUGCCCACCCUAACUGAUGCCACAUGAAAGGAUACUGCAUAAACGGCUUUCUUUCAUGUCAACUACCCAUUUACGUGGUACUCCAUGAUUCUUAAAAGAAUACAAUGGCACUCCCACUGCUAAAAUAACAAAGGUGUUCAAUGGAAAUCUUUUGUUAGUGUCAGGUUCUGUUGGUUUGUUGGCAUGCAGAAUAAGAACAACAAACGUCUUCAAGAACAUGUUAGAAGUAUGAAUUACAGAAAAAGUAUUUAGUGGCUUUGAAUCUGGUUGUACCAGUUCUCUUGAGAGUUUGGGGAAUACCGCAAGAAAGUAAUAAUAGCAAGUAAUCCAGUUCUAAAAACUCGUGAUCUGUUAUCAUGUUAUUGCUUUCUUAACAAAGGUGAAAUGGACUUUUGGACUUGCGUCAUCUAUGUUUUUGUUAUUGUACCAUUUUAGUUCCAUGUAAACAAGUAAAUGAUGUAUUGUCAUGUUGUAUGAACAUGGAAAUAACCUAGGCUAUGUUCACACAGGCAGAAAUAAAAUCAGAUUUUUUUUGGCCAGUCUGACUCAAAUCCAUGUAGUUUUUUGUAGUCCAAAAAAAAAUAAAAAAUAAAAAGAAUAUUAAAUAAACACAAUUUUUACAAGCCUGAACCAAACCACAUUUGUAGAUGGUUUGGAAUCAGAUUAAAAUCAGAUUUUUCUUAAUGUGUCUCAAUCUCACGUGAAUACGGGACGCUUGAGCAUUUUGAGCGCUUCAAUACAGGAUGGGGGUCUUUUCAUGCUUCAAUAUGGGACACAAAGCCUUCAAUAUGGGACGUUUCACUUCCUGAUGCCGUAUGGGAUAAAAUACAGGAUGUCUGGCAAAAACGGGACAGUUGCAAAUCCUGGCAAAAAAAAUAAAAUUAAAAAUGAUCUAAUUUGAGAAAAAAUCAGAUUUGUCAGGCAGUGUGAACAAAGCCUUAGUUCCAUAUUACUCACCCAUCCCAUCACUGAUCCAUGGUUCUGCCAGAGCACUUUUGUAAGUGCCAUAUCGACUGUGAAAGCCGAAUUUAAAAUUAGUUGAGCAAAGUGAUUCAUUAAAAUGGAUAUUCAUAUUUA